AUGAUGCUCAACUCUGACACCAUGGAGCUGGACCUACCUCCCACCCACUCGGAGACCGAGUCGGGCUUUAGCGACUGUGGGGGCGGGCCGGGCCCGGAUGGUGCCGGGUCGGGGGAUCCCGGAGUGGGCCAGGUCCGGAGCGCAGAGCUCGGAGAGGCUGGCCGCAAAGACCUGCAGCACCUGAGCCGGGAGGAGCGCCGACGCAGGCGCCGAGCCACGGCCAAGUACCGCACAGCACAUGCCACGCGAGAACGCAUCCGCGUGGAAGCCUUCAACCUGGCCUUCGCCGAGCUGCGCAAACUGCUGCCCACUCUGCCCCCAGACAAGAAGCUUUCCAAGAUUGAGAUCCUGCGUCUGGCCAUCUGCUACAUCUCCUACCUGAAUCACGUGCUGGAUGUCUGA